CUCCGCCUCCUUUACCCCCUCCACUCCUUGUUCUUCCGUCUUCUCAUCCCUGCUAGUCGACUGCUGGGGGGUCUUAAACUCGUUUUUUCCAUCGCUCGUGCGCUCCGCUUUUGAUGCCCGCUAACCGGGCUGAAUGUUUUUUUUGAACACUGCGUCGGUGUGAACUCUCCACCUUGUGACACGACCGUAGUGUUAUUCUCCUCUCCCUCCUCCCCUUGCCUCCUCGCCGAUCCAAUUCGCAUUCUCGCGCCCCCUCUGAUUGCCACCCGGAUUUGUCGCUUCUUGUCUGUGUCCGUAUUGGUCUUGUUUUCGCAUUCCCCGGCUUGGUUGUGUGCGGGUGAUGGUGAUGUGCCAGGACUUUUUCUUGGUCGUGGAUUAGCGAUCAGCUGUUUCUGGUUUUGUAUGGGAAGCAUUGGUGCAUAGGCAACUUGAUGUCCUUCAGCGCACUUCGAGACUGGCACCGCCUUGAACACUUGAGGGAACGGCGCAGAUUGGAUUGUAAAUAGUGGAUGAUUGUCGCCUGAAAAAUUAUGGAAACUCGAGGGUUUGAGUUUGACACUCAUUCCAUGGCCGCAGGGCACUACUCUGUGCACAAUUUAGGUCGAGAAUCGUCACGUGGAUCGGCUAGAAUUGAGGAGCACACGAAUUACGAAUCACCGUCUCAUCCUGCGCGCAUAGCUAGGGCAACGCGUGCAGCGCGUGUAGGGUUCAGAAGCCCUGCCAAACGCCCAUACACGCCCGCUCAACAAGCACGACAAGCAGAGAGUCUGAAAGCCAUUCUCCCAGAAUUGGAUACUGCAUUAGCCGUUCAUAAUAGAAGUGAGAGGACCUCACAAAGAACUCCAGAGUUUGACCGCACUCGAGGCGCGGUUCACACCAAGCCUUCCAAGGGGCCACAGUACGCAUUGAAGGUUGCUUUGGAUGCUGCUAAUGCACUAGGGAAAGGUUUCGACGUUACCUCGGAUUUUCGUCUUGCGUUUGCCAAGGGCUCUUCUGGAUCCCGUUUAGUUGAAAUUGAUGAAGAGAAUACACAAGACAUCUACGCGCCUGGGAAUGUUGUGAUUCCCAAUGUGUCCAUUGACAUAAGGUGUGACAAAGGGGAAAAAACGCACUAUGCCUCGGAAGUUUUGACAUAUGCCCAGAUGUGUGGUCGUUUUAACCAAGCUGCCGCUAUUGAUGGGAAGAUGCCGUUGGGUCUCUUCAAUAAUAUGUUCAGCUUCCAUGGUCCUUGGCAAACAGAUCAGAAUGCUACGAAAGCCCUAGCGUUGGAUGGUUGGUUUGUUAAACUCUAUAAUUUGCAGCUGACAAGGACCCCUCUGAAUUUACGAGAUGAAAUUAGAAAAGCAAUUCCAGCUUCAUGGGAGCCGAAAGCAUUAGCCAGCUUUAUAGAAAAAUAUGGGACUCACAUAAUUACAAGUCUCCAAGUUGGAGGAAAGGAUGUAAUCUAUGUCAAACAGCUUCAAAAUUCACCCUGCUCUAAUGUUGAGGUCCUGAAACGUAUGGAGACUAUGGCUGAAAGGAGAUUUACAGGUCAAUCAGGUGGUUACAGCACUCCUAGAGAGCGACCUGGGAAAGAUAAGAUUAUGGAUGCAUUUUCUCCAACUAGUACGGCAGCUCGAUUGAAGCUACCGACAUCUUCCACAUCAUACUCUAAAGAAGGUAUAGAGAUUUACCAGUGGCGUAGAGGAGGUAAUGACAUGAUGGAUUCGCAUCAUAGAUGGCUCGCAACAGUUCCAGAAACUCCUGAUGUCAUUGCUAUGACGUUUGUGCCGAUUUCUUCAUUGAUAAGCGGCAUACCUGGCAAUGGAUAUUUAAGUCACGCUGUCAACUUAUAUAUGAGAUAUAAGCCUCCCAUUGAAGAGUUACAAAACUUUCUGGAGUUUCAGCUACCGACUCAAUGGUCACCUUCAUUAGCUGAGCUGGCGCUUGGACCUAGGAGAAAAGAGCCCGUCUGUCCAGUGAUGCAGUUCAGUUUGAUGGGACCCAAGUUGUAUGUAAGCACGAAUCAGGUCUUAGUGGGCAGGAGACCAGUAACGGGCCUUCGUCUCUACUUGGAAGGAGUGAAGUGUAACAGACUUGCAAUUCAUCUGCAGCAUUUAACAACGCUUCCUCGGAUAUUGCAACCCCAUUGGGAUACCCAUGUUUCUAUAGGAAAACCCGUUUGGAAAGCACCCGAAGAGCAUGAUGCGCGAUGGCUCGAGCCGGUGCAGUGGAAAGGCUUCAGCCACCUUAACACGGCUGCCAUUGAAUUUAAUGAAACAUGGUUUGGAGAGCAGAACGAUGCUCACAUCGUUACUGGAGCGCAACUGCAGCUUUCGGACGGUGGAAUGAAGAACGUUCUUUGCUUGAAGCUUCAAUUUUCACGAGUUCCAAAAUGUUCUAUUCGACGCUCUGUGUGGGACAAUACUCCUGCUAUUUCCCAGAAAUCAGGCUUAUUUUCACAAUUGGGUUUUUCUGGGAAACAACAGCAACAGAAAGCUCCACCCCCAUUCAACCCCAACUCAGCUGUUUGCAACAAAGGGCCUAAGGCACAACCGUUGAAGCUGCUGAAGUUUGUGGAUAUCACAGAGAUGAAGAAAGGACCACAGGACAUGCCUGGGCACUGGCUUGUGACUGGAGCGAAGUUGGAUGUGGAUGGUGGCAAAAUAUCAUUGCGAGUCAAGUACUCGCUUUUACACUAUUAAGGGGUUAGAUUUGGAUGUGGAUUUAUGCCAUGUUGUAGAAGUGAGAGGUAUGUCAAAGUUUAUGUCAACUUGAUUCUCAGGGUAUGGCAUUAUGCUAUUGCCUCAGCAGUGCCUGGGAUGAGCAUCUUUUUGUCUGAUCUAGGGCGGCAGCAUCUAUCUUGCGUGGGAGCGUUCUGGGGCAGAGUAUGAGCAAGGCACCUGUGAUAACAGUUACCACCCGGGGAAGGAAGAAACCUUCUUUCUCUUCUUUCUUAAUAUUGUCUCUGUGCAAUCUCACAUUCCUAGAAGGGGAGGUUAUAGUGAAUCAAGGUACGACGGCAUUUGUAAAGAUUUAUCAUUCAUCAUAGGCUUGAAAACAGUUCGUUCCAUGCUUACCUGCUCCUUCGCUGCAGUUGGCUGCAUAACCUCUCCCUCAUUUAAAGGCAGCGAGUGUCUCUGUUGAAGCUUUGUUUCCUGCGUUAGCAUGCAAUGUGAAAUUGGACUAGAUUCCAUGUGGAGUUUAUUUUCGUGUGGAGAUAUUUGACUAAGAUAUGCUCCACUAUGGAAACUCAAAGUAGAGAUUGAUAGUCUUCUUAAAGACGAGGCUGUUUAUCGAGUACCAUAAUUGUACGAUUAUAAGCAACCACAUCAGUAUUCUUACAGUGUUA